CUUUGCUAAUGAACGUAGCUGGUUGAGAACGCCGCGAUAGCUCCGGAAUCCGGACGAUGCAUUAGAUCAUAGUCGGUGACACUCUCAGCCCGUAGACGAGAGUGAAAGGGUGGCAAGAUAGCGCGGCGGAAGGAAGCUCGCUCGGGGCGUGAUUUUAGCCAUACCUACGUGCAUGUGAUUCAGAGUAAAUAGUAGAACAAACUGAGAAGCAAAAACAAAAAUAGAGUGCAAAAUGAAAAAUAUGUGGAUAAUUUUCCUGAUCAUCGGCCUGCUGGUCUUGGCUUUGCUGGUUCUGCUAAUUAUGGCAGCGCGAUAUCAGCGCGAUUACUGGCGCUUUCGGGGCAUUCCGCACGAGAGGCCGAAAAAGCUGUGGCCCGUCAUGAAGCAGAUAAUGACGCAGACGCUCAGCACGGAGGCGAUGAAGGCGUCCCAUUACUCGGCCCUCUACAGCAAGUUCAAGGGCAGCGGUCCCUUCUGCGGCUUCUACGCGCUGCUCCAGCCGCGCGCCUUGAUCCUGGACCGGGAGCUCAUCCGGCAGAUUAUGAUUAAGGACUUUUGGAACUUCAAUGAUCGGGGCAUGUACUGCAAUCAGAAAUCGGAUCCCUUGUCCGGGGAUCUGUAUGCCUUGAGGGGUGAGAGCUGGAAGGAGAUGCGCCAGAAGCUGGAUCCCAGCCUGGAGGGGGAUCGCAUGUCCUGGCUGUAUGGCUGCCUGUACGAGGAGGCGGCUCAGCUGCUCCUGGUUGUGAGCACCACGCUGAUGAAGCAGCCUCACUCCACGCUGCACAUCCAGAAGAUCAUGCGGCGGUACGUCUUGUCAGCCCUGGCCAAGUGCGUCUUUGGCCUGGACUCGCAGCAGAGGCUUAAGUAUCCCUUGGAUGACUUUGAGCAGAUGACCGAGAUGGCUUUGAAUAGCCACAAGCAUGGCUACCUCAUGAACCUGAUGAUGAUACGGUUCCCCAACUUCUGCCGGCUGCUUCGAAUGCGUCGCACGCCCAAGCAGGCGGAGACCUACUUCUUGGGUCUCCUCAACGACAUUGUGGAGCAGAGGGAGAACUCGGGUGUUCGUCAGCAGGACUAUCUGCAGCUCUUGAUUGAGGUCAAGGCCCUGGAGCUGAUAACGCACCAGUACGAGGCAGACAAGGAGCUGAAAACGCAUCUUCAGAACGAGCUGGCUGCCCAUGCGGUGGUGUUCCUCAAGGCUGGCUACGAGCAGACAGCCAAUACCUUGUCCUAUAUCCUCUAUGAGCUGGCCUCGCACACGGACCUCCAGACACGAGUCAGGGAGGAGGUGAAGAAGGCCAUGGAACGUUUCGAGGGUAACCUGAGCUACGAGUGCAUCCAGUCGCUGACCUUUAUGGGUCAGGUGAUAAGCGAAACCCUGCGAAUGCAUCCCAUCACCCCGUACAUCCUGCGACGCACCCUCAACGACUAUCCCGUGCCGGAUCACCCCAAAUAUGUGCUGGUAAAGGAGCUCUUCCUGAUCAUACCCACGCAUGCCAUACACCACGAUCCGUACAUUUAUCCGGAUCCGGAUCAGUUCAAGCCCGAUCGCUGGGGCGGACCAAGGGACUCGCUGCAGGAGCAGGGCACCUGGUUUGGCUUUGGAGUUGGGGCUCGCAGCUGUAUUGGCAUCCAGUUUGCCCAACUGCAGCUUCGUCUGGCUUUGGCCUUGCUCCUAUCAGAGUACGAGUUCACUUUGAACUCGAGGAAGCCGCUGGUUAACCUGGAGGAUGGAAUAGCGCUAACCCUGACCCCACUGGGAGUCAUAGAGCCGGGCACGGAGGAGAGGGCUGUAUAGGCUUCAGAACUGACAUAAGCUUAGUCUCUGGAAUGGUGAAAUUUAGGUGCUAUCUACUGGAUAUUCAUAAGAUACAAAAGUAUCUGUGAGAGAGCCAUUAUAAAUCUUUACUGACAAACUUGAAUCAAAUCUUUCUAUUUAAGCCCAAAAUAAGUUAAAGAGCAAAUAAUUAUUUGACCAGAAAAGACUUCCGGUAAAUUCAAUUAAAAGUGCAUACCAAAUGUGGAUAAGGCAGCGCUCGUUUUGGUAAUGGAAAAACACCUAUCUGGCCAAAGAGAUUAAGCUUAUGUCAGUAUACAGCAGAGCUUUAGCGUAAUGACAAAGAAUUUACUCCAUGAACAAAGUCUAGAAAGCAAUAUACAACUCAGAGCCAGGCAACUAACCAAAUGAAAUAAAUAUGUAAA